GAAACUCCAUUUCCCAGGAGGCGCAGUGCAGAGUACGGAACUGUAAGAUUCGUGGUGGAAAAAAGUUCUCAUGAUUGUUUUCGUGCCAAUGUAGAAAAAGUUACGUUUUAGUCGCUUCUCGACUCUGUUGAAGCCGCUUGAAGACAUCCAAGUUACAGGGAGCAGUGCAGUGGAAGUAUGGCGCGUAAACCCAGACCAGUUCAAAUAGUUACAGUGAGUAAGGAGGACCACUCCUUUAAUUUGGACACAGAGGCUUUGGCUGAGGUUUUGUUGGCCCCUGAAGUCAGAGACAAGCAAGUGGUGGUGCUGUCAGUGGCCGGAGCUUUUCGGAAGGGGAAGAGCUUCCUGCUUGACUUCAUGCUUCGCUACAUGUACAGAAAGGGCGAGGAAAACUGGCUGGGUCAGGAUGAUGAACCACUGACUGGAUUUUCUUGGAGGGGGGGUUCAGAACCAGAGACAACAGGCAUCCAGCUGUGGAGUGAGGUUUUCCUUGUCCAAAAGAGCGAUGGAAGAGAGGUGGCAGUAGUGCUGAUGGACACUCAGGGAGCAUUUGAUACUGAGUCCACUGUAAAGGACUGUGCCACCAUCUUUGCCCUCAGCACCAUGACCAGCUCAGUACAGAUCUACAAUCUGUCCCAGAACAUACAAGAGGAUGACCUGCAGCAACUACAGCUCUUCACAGAAUAUGGUCGUCUUGCCUUGGAUGAAAUCUUUUUGAAGCCCUUUCAGUCUUUGAUGUUCCUGAUCAGGGAUUGGAGUUUUCCCUAUGAAUACACCUAUGGCUUUCAAGGAGGCAAUGAAUUCCUGGAUAAACGAUUACAAGUUAAGGAGAACCAACAUGAGGAGAUUCAAACCGUGAGGGAACACAUCCAUGCAUGCUUCACCAACAUUUCAUGCUUCUUGUUGCCUCACCCUGGACUCAAGGUUGCCACCAACCCUGCCUUUACAGGCCAGCUUAGUGAUGUGGCAGCAGAGUUCAAACAGGAGUUGAAGAAUCUGAUUCCUACUCUUCUGCAUCCAGACAAUCUGGCUGAGAAGGAAAUGAACGGAAACCGUGUCACUUGCAUGGGUUUGCUUGAGUUUUUCAAGGCCUAUAUCAAGAUUUACCAGGGAGAAGACCUGCCACAGCCAAAGACCAUGCUCAUGGCUACAGCAGAGGCCAACAACCUGGCAGCUGUGGCAGCAUCCAAAGAUCAGUAUUACAAGGACAUGGAGAAGCUUUGUGGUGGAGAACUUCCUUACGUGGCUCCUGAACAUCUGGAGGAGAAGCAUCACUUUUUCUUCAAAGAGGCUCUUCACCUCUUCUCAUCAACCAAGAAGAUGGGCGGACAAGAGUUUUGUGACCGUUACCAAGGCCAACUGGAAAAGGAAUUGGAAGAAAUGUGGAUUUCAUUCAGCAAGCACAAUGAGUCAAAAAAUCUGUUCAGCGCCUUCCGGACCCCUGCCAUACUGUUUGUCCUGGUGUGCCUCCUUUACGUUCUGUCAGGAGUGUUUCUCUUUGUCGGUCUCUCCACCUUCGCCUUGGUGUGUGACUGCACUCUGGGUUUGGUGAUGAUGGCCAUGCUGGCAUGGGCCUUCAUCCGCUACUCUGGGCGCUACCAUCACGUUGGAGGAGCCAUUGACCAGGCUGCAGGUGUCGUCCUGGAGCAGGCUACCGUUGCGUUGAACAAGUCAAGAGGGACAAGCAUCGCUGAUCAGAAAAAAUCCAGAUAGAGGACCUCUGAUCCUUCAUCAACUUGAUGCAAUGCAACCAGCGCACAAGCACACAUUCAGCACUAAAGCCUUAUCAUGCCACCCAAAAACAAACAUGCAGCUAAACUCCAUUGGCACAGGGUAUAAGUAUGAUGCCAACUCACCAGCAUCUCUUACUGUUACGCAUGUUUUUCUGCCUGUUGAAAUCCAGACUCCUGUAUUGGUGACUGGAUUCACUGAAGUAGAGAUUCAACCAUAACAAUCCCUCAUACUUUUAAAGUCUUUAAUUGACACUGCCAUCAUCAAGUUUACAAUUAGUCUUAAAAAACAGGUUGUUGUUUACCUUUUACACCUAUUGAGAACUUUAUAUUUCAGUUGAAUACUUUAUACUUGGUUGUAUAUCAGAGUAUGAUUCAAACACAAAGCUUCUGCAUGAAGUCUUCAAAAUAAUGACUUAAAAUGCUGGCUUUAAAGCAUAGACAUUUAUUCAUAUUUCUUUAUUGCUUUAUAUUUUUUACUUUGUGGCCUUAAAUCAUUCCAUUCUGGUUGUAGACUUGCUUUGUAUUUGAUAAAAAAUAACUUUUUCUUCAAAGUUGAACUAUGUACUUUAAGAGGUGAGCAUAUGCACUUUUUAUACAGCACAGCAGGAUUUGGAAACUGCAUGUGAUAAAUAGGAACAUCUUUUGUUUCAAAUGCUUUGCUCUUUGUUCUGUUGUAGAAAUGUUACAUUCAGUAGAUUUUGAUAAAAUACUAAAUACUGAUACUUGUUGUAAACUGUGUAUUGUUACAUAUGUUCUCCAAAGGCUUCAAAUUCCAAAGUAUGUUAUGGACCUUUAGGGUUUUCUUUCCUGUUGUAAUACAUGGAGGAAAUGGCAAUAACCUGUGGUAUCAGCUGCACUGUGAGAAAGCAUGUUAAUGAUCUGUAAUGUAUGUAAUUUGAUAUGUAAUGUUUUCAUGUUGUCCAUAACGGCUUACAAUGUAGCCUACAAACUGUACAAGUAGCUAAACUUAAUGGGUUUCAUUGAAUUUACCACUGUGCAACAUCCUUAGUCCAUGUUACAACACUACACCAGGAUCAGAGCACUGCUUUCAAUGAUUUACAUGAAGAAGACACAAUUUGUAAUGAAGUUAAAUUGUGCAGUUCAUGAAUUUGAGACAAUCUGAAAGAAGUGACUUAGACUAGAAUCUAACCAUAUCUUUCCCAAACUCCGAUGGGAAAAAGCUGCUACAUGGUGCUCAAUCUCACAGUGACUGUAUGAUACUAUAGGUGGAUGAUAUAACAUAAAGGACAGGGCCAACACUGACUGGACAUGUACACAGGAUUAGAGACUUAGAAAUUGCAGCUCAUCAUUUUGCACAUUCCUUGUCUGUUUCUUGUAGGAGGAGGAGUUAUAGAUGCUUUACUGCACUUACUGUUGCACUUCCCCCUCCUCUUCAGUGCUUUUUGCACACAGCUUAUUCCAAAUGCAUGCAAUAUUGUUGUAACAACAAAUUAAAUCGUCUCUUUCAGGGGUAUGGUGGCCUUGACUUGAGAAAUGCAGGUUUUCUAAACAAUAAAGAGAACUCAAGGUUG